UACCUGUUGUGUCCUCAUUAUCAAAAAGACUUGGAGUUUUGUUAACUGAAGAAGCAAAAUUCUUAUACAUAGUAAGCAACAAUGUUCAACAAAUCUGUGUCGAGUUGAAUCGAAUGCAAUGCUUCUUACAAGACGCAGAUUAUGCAAUACAAUCUGAUCUUGUAGAUGCGAGGGUCAACAACUGGUUGCGGAAAUCAGAAAACUUGCUUAUGAAACAAAGACAUCCUCGAAGGUUAUGUCAUCGAAGUUUCAUCCAAAAGGAUCAAAAAGGGUUUCCGAAACACCCUUAUAAGAUUUACUUGCAUCUACAACGGUUGGCUAGACGUUACGGGGGGCUCAGAAAUGAGAUCUAUGACAUUAAAUACAUUAUCAGUCCCUCACCGCUAGUUGGCGUACUUACGGCUUGAAAAGUACAGGUGAAGAAGUCAUAAGACGUUUGGCAUUUGAGAGGCAACAAGAAUUGAGGCAACAAGAAUUGAGGCAAUCGUAUCAAAAUGUUGUUGAAGAGGACUUUGUUGGGUUUGAGGAAGACUUGAACAAGGUUGUGAAACAUUUGCAGAGAGUUGGUGACUGUACUCCUGGUCGAGUUGUCUCUAUUUUUGGCAUGGGUGGUUGGGGGAAGACCACUCUAGCUAAAAAAGUAUAUCAUCACAAAGAUGUCCGGAGUCACUUUGAAGGUUUGGCAUGGGUAUGCAUAUCUCAGCAGUAUAAAAGAAGAGAUAUUCUAGAAGAAAUCUUCAUCAAUCUUGUUCCAGAGAGGAAGAAAGAUGUUGUUAGGAUGACAUAUAAUGAGUUGUUUGAGCAGCUUUAUAAAGUCCAGCAAAGUAAAAAAUGCUUAGUUGUACUGGAUGAUAUUUGGUCAAUAGAGGCUUGGAAGAGCUUGGAACCGGCCUUCCCAAAUGGAAACACAGGUAGUAAAAUAUUGCUGACGACUCGUCAUAAAAUAUUGGCUUCACUGAUAGAUCCAUACUCUAUCAUCCAUGAACUCCGGUGUUUAAAUGACGAGGAAAGUUGGGAUCUACUUCAAAAAAAAUCAUUACUAAGAAGAGAUGGUAGAGACUCGAGAGUGCUUGACACAUACAAGGAGGCAUUAGGGAGGAAAAUGGUAAAGCUAUGUGCUGGUGUACCGUUAGCAAUCAUUGUGCUUGGUGGACUUUUGGCAAGAAAGCAUACAUUAGUGGAAUGGGAGACUGUAUACCAAAAAGUUCGUUUGCAUGAAUGGAACGGCAAGCUAAUACAACGUGACAAUGUAGUAUCAAAGGUGUUAGCUUUAAGCUACCAUGACUUGCCUCAUCAAUUGAAGCCAUGUUUUCUAUAUUUUGGUCACUUUUUAGAGGAUUGCGAGAUAGAUGCUGAAAGACUAUAUCACUUAUGGAUAGCUGACGGUAUAAUUGUAGAUGAUGAUAGAGUGGGGAAUGAAGCAAUAAUGGAUGUGGCAAAACGUUACUUGGGUGCACUAGCACAGAGGUGCAUGGUUCAAGUACAAGUACAAAAGUAUACUCAAAGGAUCAAUUAUUGCCGCAUUCAUGACCUUAUGCUGGAUCUGUGUUUAUCAAAGGCAAAAAUGAAUGAUUUUCUCAAGAUCAUUCAUCUCCAAUGUGAAACUGAUCUAGCUGAUUGCUUUUCCACCACAUCAACAACUACUGCUCCUAAGAUACGCAAACUUGCAAUUCAUUUGAAUAGGGAUGUCAAAAGAGUUGUCCUCCCUGAAUUGAAGACAACUAAACAUCUAAGAUCAAUAUUGUUCUGCAAUCUAAGACGUGUCAACAAGUCUUCAAUAGAGUUGAACUCUCAUUUCAAGUACUUCAAAUUGCUUAGGAAUUUGGAUCUUGAAGGAUUGAAGUUGAAUGAAAAGUCAGUCAAAUCAAUAGGUAACUAAUUAGCUUGAGGUA